AUGGCUCACAGAAUCUCCUACAAUGAAAAAGGGAAAGCCAUAGCUACCUCUAGCUCGGACCCAAGGGUGACUAGAGUGAAGACCAGAAACGAGUUAAUCUUCAACAACAAAAGUUCUCUGGCCCUGGAGGUUGUAUCAAAGUCAAUUCGGGAUGUCAAGGAAUGGCAGGACAAGCAGGAGCGUAAAACCAAACCAGCUGAAGUUUUGGUGGCUAGGCAGAGUGAUGAGCCCAUAGGUGAAGUGGUUUGCCAGACAGAUGCGGCUUGGAGAGAAGACAUACAUGUUGCUGGCUUGGGAUGGGUCUUCAAAUACCAUAAUCAGCAAACCGUGCAGCACUUCACAAGAGCUGUGACUCAUGUAUGUUCUCCCCUCAUGGCAGAAGGUUUAGCCAUCCGUUCAGCGCUUUUGAAGGCUGUUGAAAAGACAAGAUAA